AUGUUUGGACAACAUCCUGAUGAGAAUCAUCCAAAUUUUAAUGCCAGUGCGGUCCCUGGCAGAUCGAUUGCCGAUUCAUCAAAGAUUACCGUUGGAAGCUCUCGUGGCAAGAGAGCAUACUCUCCUUCUCCUACGCUUGUUGACCAUACUAGUUUUGCACAGGAACCUAAUGAAGAGCAUCUUUCUCUUUUUACGGGCCCUGUUGCCGUCAAAUCAGAGAACAUGUAUCCGGUGGAUCCGUGGGAUUCCACUGAUAUAUGGGACCUGCUUCACCAAGAGCUCCCACCCCCGACCACCAUAGACUCAAGUUUACCCCAGGACACUUUUGCUAUUAUGCGGCAUUUCAACAGACAAGACUCAAGUGAUAUAUCAAGCGAACCAGAGCUGGAUUUUAAAGGUUAUAAGGUGUUACACUGGGAGGUUGCGCCGUGGGAUUUAAAGCGAACCAGUAAAACGUUGGCAGACCAACUUUCCGCGGAUCUGGAUGCCUUGGAGAGAUAUACCAGAGAGGAUCGCGAUCACAAAAUGGACGCGUGGGCUGAAAACAAGAGUCCUCCCAUGGAAAGAAAGAAAAGACGUAAAGUUGGUGAUACCAUCGCGUGGGAGCCAAUUGCACCGGGUCAGGGACUCGGGUGCUGUGAGAUUUACAAAGUCAAGCGCAACAACUGUUAUCAGGUGUUUGGCACUAGACACAACUCGUUUAUGGGAUUGCUUAAUAUGAGGUCUCUCAGGGCUUGGUCUAGGAAAGAUUGA